ACAACGCUUAGGUUCGGUUAUUGAAAACCGCAGUGAAAGGUAUGCCUUUAUAUCUUCUGCUCACUGAAUUUCUACAACCAAACUAGCGUUGGCAGAAAACAUGUCAUCUUUGGCAGAAAAGAUGCCAUUUCCUGUUCAUGAGAGUCAAAUGCGGAAAUAAUGAGCUAUUUUAAAAGCUUAAAAAUGGUUUGUAUGUAUGCGAGCAGACAUCUCUUUCUGUUUUCUUUUCUCUUUUCAUUUGGGAUUGUGCAAAAAAAAGUCUAUACGACGUCAAUGGGGAUCGAACCAAGGCCGGCUGGAAUGCAAAGUUACUUUGCACGACCACGCUAUCCAUAUAGCUACCAGCGCUAUUAUAAAGAAGCGUGAUAAUAUUACACCUCAUCAUAAAAUGAAGUUGGAAGGUGUUUUCUAAGACGAUAAAGAAGAACAUGAACGAGAAUAUAUCUUUCUCUGUCUGGGCCGUGUAUUUGGCAAACUAUACGAAAAGCUUUCAUAUGCUUUCAUUUAAAUGUGUCUCCUGUUUCGCUCCCUCAUAUUGGCUCUAGCAUAUAUAUUAUACAAAUGAUAUACAUGUAUUGGGGAGUAGAACAUUUUAUGUUAUCUUUCAGCUCAUAUAAUGUGAUAAAUCGGGAUGCUAGAACAUGUGCUAAAAAUUAAUUUUGGGUGUACGCAUACCGUUUGAUGAUUGGGCAAAAUGCUGUCGUCCAAUUUUCUUGUAACGAAGAACAUAAUCUUUUGCUGUUACAUGGCAUUUGUUCAAAUUAUUCACUUACAAAGCAAAUAUGUUGAAUUCCAAAUUUGAAAAUUGUUUUAUUCAAUCAAUAAUUGAAUCAAUACAAACAAAUGAUUACUAAGCCAACGGUAGUUGCCCGUCAAUGUUGGGGUUAUAUCAUAGAUACAACCCACCAAUUUUUCUAAAAUGUAAAUUUACUAGGCUUCAAUGUUAUAAAUAAUUGAAUACUGAAAAUCCUUACAAUAUUUGGGGCACAGGCUCCAUUUUAUCAUCAUUUGCUUAAAAAGUAACUGUCAAAAGCCGGGAUAAAAUUUUUGUGUUAACAAAUUUCGUAAAAAACAGGCAUCGUAAAUUUUUCAAUUGUUGUAAUUGUUUUAGCUAUUUUGUUUGCUGUUUUAAUGUUAAGUGCUAGAAAAAGUAAGAAUUUACUGUAAAUGGAUGAACAAAGGAUCUUUUAUGCUUUUAUGAAAUAAGUAUUCAAAUAGUGUUCCAAAUUUCGAAAUUUGAGUCAGUGACGAAAAAGGUGUUCGAAAAAACAAAACAUAUGAUAUUGAAUAUCUGAUAGCUACUAUUGCAUCAAUUUAGUACAGUGUCAAGUUUGACAUCAGAAAUCGAAACAAAUAUUUGUGUUUCACAAACCCAUGUCCGGAUUAACGAAGCACAUUCUGAAGAUGAUUUCAAACCCGGACGGAUCAAAAGUUAACGAUUAAAUUUCUUAGUGAAGGAGUUGCAUGAGUGUUCAUAAAAUAAUAGUCAUAAAAUAACAAUGAAAUAUCAACCGCUACAAAAAUCAAUAACUAAUUUCUCUCAAAGAAAUGCUGCUGACAGAAUGUGUUCGAAAUUUAAAGCAAAAGUGUCCGGAAUUCAAAUCAUGAUUAAAAAAAUGUUUGGACUUCAAAUCACGGCACAAUGAAGAAAUUUACAAAUGUUGAACAAAUAUAACAUUAUUUUGUAAAAUCCUGUGACUCAUAACAUAAAUGAAUGCCGAAACAAAAUCGUUAGAAUGUGAAAAAUGCAAAAAAAAAACAGUUCGCUCAAAACACGGUCUCAUAUUGCAUCUUCGAACUCACACGGGUCAACCUCGUUAUGCUUGUCCACAUUGUCCAAAAGCGUUCAAGAAUACUCAUUCUCUUCAAAGUCACAUUCGAGUUCAUACAGGUGAACGUCCUUAUUCUUGUCUGGAGUGUCCGAAAGCGUACAAGGUUCAUACAGGUGAACGUCCUUAUUCUUGUCCACAUUGUCCAAAAGCGUUCAAAGAUUCCUGUCAUUUUCGACGUCACAUUCGAGUUCAUACAGGUGAACGUCCAUAUUCUUGUCUGCAGUGUCCGAAAACGUUCAAGUAUUCUAAUGCGCUCAAACAUCACAUUCGAGUCCAUACAGGUGAACGUCCUUAUUCUUGUCCACCUUGUCCGAAAACGUUUAGAACUCAUACAGAUCUCCAAAGACACAUUCGAUUGCAUACAGGUGAACGUCCCUAUUCUUGUCCUCAUUGUCCGAAAGCUUUUAAGGAUUGCACAUCACUUAAAUGCCACAUUCGAAAUCAUACGGGCGAACGUCCCUAUCCAUGUCCGUAUUGCGACAAAGCGUUCAUGAAAUCUUCAGCUCUUAAAAAACACCUGAAGACACAUCGUAAUGGUACAGGCGUAUCAGGGCAGAAAUCACUGGUGACUGUAAAGAAAGAGAUGACUGAAUGCUGAUGAAUCCCUUUAUCUUUGAUUGCGAUUGUAUAAUAAGGCACCUGGGAUUCGCAAAAAAAACGGUUCAACUAACGAUACGAGAGCGAAAAAAUGGGUGGGUUGUAUCUAUGAUAUGAACGCAAGGUUGACGUGUGAUUACCGUUGGCUUGGUAAUCAUUUGUUUGUAUUGAUAAAAUUAUUGAUUGAAUGAAACAAUUUGUAAGUAAAGAAUUUGAACAAAUUCCAUGUAACACCAAUUCAUGUACACAUGUAUAAAAACUUUGUAAAAAAGAA